GAAGAAGAAGAACUCCUUGUAAACACAGGCACCCCCGCCGCUGCCACACCCUGCCUGACCCUGCCCUGCUGACUGGCACCCACCGCCCACCCUGACACUGCUCCACGUUAACCCGCACCACUUAAGGCAGCAUAUAACCAUGGAGGUGAAGGUGUCAAUUGCCACAAACUCCGCCCACCCUGACCUGGAGGCACAGGAUUAUUUUCUGGGACACAUGAGGAAGCAGACCACUCGCCUCUUCUGUAACUUCCGCCAGCUCCGUUCCCUUCCCCCGGAGCUGACCCAGGAGGGUUCACACAUAGAGAAAAUCCACCUCCAGGGCAACGAGCUGACCAGACUGCCCCAUGACUUUGGCUGCCUGACUCAGCUCACGUGUUGCUACCUCAAAGACAACUACAUAGAGGUCCUCCCUGACUCUGUGGGCGAUCUGAAGGCACUGACGAUCCUGGACGUGGGGAACAACAACCUCCGUGCCCUGCCGCCCUCCCUGGGGUCGCUGCCCUCCCUGCGGUCCCUUGGGGUAGUGAACAACAAGCUCGCCGCCUUCCCCCAGGAACUAUGCAGCCUGAAGAGCCUCUCCAUACUAACACUCAGCGGGAACCAGUUGACCAGUCUGCCGUCCGGAAUGAAGGGUCUGCGAGGACUGAUGGGGCUGUAUUUAGACCACAAUCGGCUGAGGGAGUUGCCGAUCUCUCUCACCGAUCUACCCGUCCUGGCCCGAAUUUCCUUCUGCUGUAAUCAAAUAACCCACCUCCCUGCCCGCCCCUUCAUAUCUGAACCCAAGGUAUUCUUUGAUGACAACCCCAUCAAAUACCUGCCGUUCGCGAUGGUUUGUCAACUGAGGGCGGGCUACUCCUGGGACACCAUUGUUCUGCCCACCUGCUACUACAUCCCGGAGGUGGCAGUGGAGGAGAACACAGUGCACAUCAACCUCAGCGGGCAGACACACCCCUCCGCCCUCGUCCUCCCGAAACAGAUCAAAACCGCAUCCGUCCACAUCCCCAUAAACUACACGGUGCCUCCCCUCAAGGAACUCUGCCUCUCCUUUCUAUACGGCGCAGACGGAACGCCGAAUUGCAACUGGAAACACUUCUUACCGGAUCGGGACACGAAUACGGUGCCCCGAGUCCUCUUAGAUGCCUUGGAAGAGGGUCCGAUAGCAUGGUGUGACUAUCCCGAGUGCCAGAAGUCCAUUUUCACUCAUGCUGUUGUUGUUGUGGUUCCAAUCGCGGUGACGCCAAAGGAAUACCUUGCGUGUGUGGACAAUCUGAUGCUUCUAUACUUCUGCUCGGAUCAUUGCGCCGACCAGCUCAAGAAGUACUGUGAUUAUGCGGGCGGGGGUAUGUUCAUCUGGCUGGCGGAGAGGCUGAGAAGAUGCCUGAGGGUUGAGAUUGUAUAAGUUGUGAUAGAGGGUGUGAGAAGGGAGACAGCAAGGAAAUGGAGGGAGGGAUAGGGAGAGGCUGAGAAGAUGCCUGAGGGUUGAGAUUGUAUAAGUUGUGAUAGAGGGUGUGAGAAGGGAGACAGCAAGGAAAAGGAGUGGAGGAAACAGAGGGUGAGAUAGAGAGAAUGGAAAUUGAAGGGUGUGAGGAGGGAGGGGCAGAAGGAAGGGUCAGGUAGAGGAUACGGAAAGUGUGUGUGUGUGUGUGUGUGUGUGUGUGUGUGUGUGUGUGUGUGUGUGUGUGUGUGUGUGUGUGUGUUUUGUUACUGUUAAGAUUGUUUUGAGUGUAGAGUUGUCUUGAUUUGUCUGUCUUCUUUUCUUGUUUUGCUUCCUUUUCUUAUAUUUGUUUUCUGUACAUGUCUUCCUGUUUCUCUUCCUUCCUUCCUUCCUUCUUUCUUCCUUUCUUCUCUCCUUAUUUAUUUGUUUUCCUUCCUUUGUUCUUUCUUUCCUUUCUUCCUUCCUUCCUUAAUUUUUUUCUCCUCUUCUUCCUUUCUUCCUUUUCUCCUUCCCUUCUUUCUGCUUUCUUCCCUUCCUUCCUUGCUUGUCUCAUUUUUUUAUUUUUUAUUUAUUUAUUUAUUUUUUUACAUUGUGGCCUAUUGUGCUGUUAGGCCUUUUCCACUGGUGGGGGCCUGAUGGUUGGCCCAGCCCAUUGUGGCGCAGGCGAGUGUUUAUAGUGGCGCCAUCUUGUUUUAGGCUCAUACUGCCCCCCGGAGCUCAUCUUUGAGCCUCUCUCUGGAGAGGUAAUCUAGAGUCUGGGUUGAUAGGUUGUCUUCAGGGCAGCAUGUAGGUAGUCUUAGGCCACUUGGUGGUGACUGAAAAAAAACACCUUUUAUAAUUCUUGCUUGUAUAUAAAAACUAAUAUCUGAGUGAGAGGAUGAAAAAAUGACUGAAUAUUGAGAUUGUGCGAUUGUGAUAUCUUUGAAACUGAUAGUUCUGUUAGAUUUUUUAUUUUUUGUCGCAUUUAAAAAGUAUCAUAAGGAAAAAGAGAUCCCUGGUAUUUUUUUGGGAUUAUUCAGUAGCUUAGAAAACACUUAAAAUUGAUUUUUUUUCUCUUCUUUAUUUUUUUCUUAUUUUUUUCUUCUUUUUCUUUUAAUUUUCUUCCUUUUUCUUUUUCCUUUUUCCUAUUUCUUCUUGUGUCUUCCUUCUUUUUUCUUAAUUUCUCUUUAUUUUUCUUCUUUUUUCUUUUUUCUCCCUUUUUAUCCUUUUCUUUUUCAUUGUUUUUUUUCUUCAUCUUUUUUUGUUUUCUUUGGGGAGGAAAACAAUGCUAUAUGUAUGUAUACUAUGCAGACUGGUUUUCAAAACAAUUAGUUCAGAAACAAGUGAGAAAUUUCAAAUAAUACCGAUGCCAUUUUUUGACAUUUACAGUGCAUACCUACUACGUAUAUUUUUUUCUCCUAAACUGUUGGGUGUAUCUUAUUGAAGCUUAGGGAUCUAUGAUAUUUUCGGUACUAAGGUACUUACACCAGAAAUUAUGUGGAUAUGGUAAAAAAUUAAUGUCACCUCAUAAGAACAGGCGUCACCUCCCCUUCAUGAGGUCCGUGUGGUCUGAAUAUCCAUGUAAAUCUGUAAAUCAUCAUCAUCAUCAUCAUCCACUACUAGUCAACUGUAUGAUGAAGUCCUUUCCUAAUGUCUUCCACUCCUCUGUCAUGUGUACUCCAUCCUGGCCUGGCUCUGUCUUCCCGGACUCCCACAACUCUCACUAAACCUUCUUCAGUGAUAAUUCUUGUGUUGUGUUCCUCUGACUUCAUCAUCAGUAGUUUUUAAUGAGAGAAAGUGUUCCUAAAUUACGUUAUAAGAUGGGUGACUGUGAUAUUAGACUAUGGGUAUUGUGAUUCUGUGCCUUGAGAUUUGUAGUAGCCAUUGUCAUAGGGUAGAGUGCGGCCACCUUCAUCACAGGCACUAUGUUGCUAACCAGAAGAGUCACAUGAAAUUCAAACUGAUUCUGAUGUGAUGGUGUUAUUUUGUGUUCUUGGUACUUCUUUGAGAUCCUGGGGAUUCAUAGAGCACAAAAAAAACACUUUUGUAUCACUAUUAAUUUGAAUUUCACACGGCUCUUUUGCCCUCCCGCUCCUUUUUCUAUUGUUGGAGCAGCAUCUAGCAGGCUUGUUGUUGCUCUUGCUGUUUUGUUUGCCCUGAGAUGAAGGCGGCCAAAGUCUCCUAUUCUAUGACUGGUAGUGACACAGCUAGAAGUCUCCGCUACCUAACAGAGAUUGUAGAAUUGUAGCGGUGGGUAUUUCUCUUACUCAAAGCAAAUGAGAAAUUAAUCUGCCUGGGAGAAUAAAUCUGUCUGGGAUCUGAACCAGGGCCCCUGAGAUCUGAGGUGGAUACUUUACCAUCCAGCCAAAGAGUACAAAGUGUAUUAAGGCCCGUGGAGUCCUUGUCUUGUGCCUUGUGCCUUUACCAAGGACAUAAUUUUGGGGGGGCAAGGGGGGCUACUAAAAGUGCUUAUUAAAAAAAGAAAAAAACGAAAAAAAAAAA